AUGGUGCAGCGUUUUGGAGUAGAGAAAGAUGUAUUAUGGAGGAAGAUCAUAGUUGAAAAAAUUGGUGAAACAUUUACCGGUAGGGAAACUGUCCAACCCAAAGGACCAAAAGGUGGUAGCUUGUGGACUAAUAUCUAUAAAGAGCUUAAAGAUUUCAACAAAGGUAUUAGAUUCAAGAUUGGAACGGGCAAGAAAACUAGAUUUUGGGAAGAUUCUUGGCUAGGUGAAGGAAGAUUAUGUGAUAUGUUUCCAUUGGCAUAUGAAGCUUCAAGGACCAAGGAGUUUGUGGUGGCUAGUAUGUAUGAAGUUGGGGAAGAUUGUUUAAGUUGGGGGUUUAUGUCUAGGCAAAGAUACUCUCAUACCAUUUCACGUGAAGUAACAACUAUGUCAAAUCUUCUUUCUUCAAUUUCAAUUCAAGAAGGUGUUUUGGAUAGUCGGGUUUGGGUCGGUAGUAUUCAUGGUCAUUAUAUGGUAAAGGAUGGCAUUAGGCGCGAUGGAGAUCAAGGAAAAACUCUUCCUCAGGACUACGACUGUGAGAUGGGCGGUGGAAAAGGACCGAAACUUAAGAGAAUUCGCAAGCCUACAGCUCUUAAAUCAAAUAUUUGUAUUCCUGAAUUUGAAAUCUUUCCUCCCGAAGAGAAAAUUGUUGAUCAAGGAAUAAAGGAUACCCCUAUUCCUGCCUCUGCGGUUUCUUCCGAUACUGUUCAAACUAUUUCAACCCUUGCAAACACUCCUUUGCUCACGAACACUGAUACCAUACAGAAUGAUAAAGAUAUUCCUAACUCUGCAAAUUUCACCAUUCCUUUUCCUUCUAUUUCUGAUUCCCCUUCUUCAUCUUCCUCUUUCUUAUUGGAACCCCUUUAUCUUGAUAAGAAAGCUUUGGAUAGUAUAAGAUUUUCUUCUCAAACUUUACUUGGCAUCAUCGAUUCUGCUCAAUCGUCUACUAAUGAUCCCCACCAACUCCGCAUUUGCUCCGCUUUGAGUAAACUGCUAUGCGGGUUCCCUUCUGAUAAAGCUACUAGGGAUGAGAUCCAGUCUCAAAUUGAUCCAAGCUUUAAUACCGCUCUAGAUGUCUUGGAAUCUCAUCGUCAAAUGAUUUUAGCUGAAGGACGUUUUGAAUCUAGCUGCUCCCAGUUAGAAAUUUCAUACCAAAACACUCUUCUAGAAAAGGAAGUCAGUAGACUGAAAGGAGAGCUCCAAGUUGCAGUUCUUGAUUCCGAAGGUCUUCGCAACGAAAACCAAAAACUUAGAGAUUUAAAUCAGAAGCGAGUUGUGGAGCGAUUCACUUUUCAAUUUCUUGCUGAAGAUACCCAUGCGAAUAAUGAGAAGUUGCAGAUCCAAUUAAAUCAAUUAAAUAACCAACAUUCAUACUCGCUUGACCAGAUUAACAAUCUAACUCAUGAAAAUAGUCAUCUUACUCGAGAGAUUAAAAUAUUAAAUGCUCAGAUUUCCCACUUAUCUGAAUUGUUGUAUAGCGCUGAUUUAAGAUAUCAAACCUUGUCAGAAGAAAUCCAUAGUCUUUCUAUGGAGAAAGGGUCCUUUCUAAAGAAGGAAGCAAUGUUUCCGCGUCAGUACCUAAUUCUUCAGAAAAUAAAUGAUGAUCAAGAACAAGCUCUUCGUUCACUAGAAGUUCAAUACGAAGCAUCAUUUAAGGAAUUAAAUAUCCAUAAUAAAAAAAUCAUCCAAAGUAAAGUAAACUUGACUGUGAAGAUGAACCAGCUUCAAGAACAGUAUGAUCAAUUGAAGCAUUCUCAUGAUGUCCUUAAGAAAAAGAAUAAUUCCCUCUCUGCUGAUGAAAAGAAGAUUCGAUCCCGUCUCAAUGGUUUAGUUGGUGAUGAUUUUGAUAAAGCUAUGGGAAGUUUGAAGAAUAACACUCUUGCCUUUUCUAAACUCUGCGAAGGCUCCGAAAAGUCGAAUCAAUCCACUAUUUCCCAGUUGAGGUUUGACUUAGCUAAGGUUCGCAAAGAUCGUGCGAACCUGGAGAUAUCUUAUACAAAUCUUGAGGUUUCUCUCACUGCUUCUCGGGACCGGGCGCGAAGAAGAUUCAUAUUUCUUCAAAAUUUCAUGGAAAUGAAUGCCAGAAAUAUUGAGAAAGAAGUUAUUCGCAAGGCUCAUGUUAAUGCUCAAACUCUAGUUAACCAAAUCCUUCUACGCAAUUCUCUCUCUCGAGUAACUGUCCCUCCACUUAAUAUAAGUGAGGACGAGAAGUAUCCUGAGCCAGAUAGUGACUAUGAAUUUGUAAGCGAAGAUGAAAGAGAUCAUGAAGAUAAUAUUGAUGUUUCCUUUUCAGAGGAUCAGCUUAAGAAGGAUAAAUCUGGCAAUGUGGAUUCUGUUGAUAAGGCUGAUGCUGAAGUUAAGGACCCGAAUCCAAUCCACAAGAUUGAUGCUGAAAAGUCAUUGGUUGAACAAGAUGUACCUUCUGGCAACGCUUAG